UUCCCACCUUGACGGACGGCGUUUGAUAAAUGUGCAGUCGGAUUAUCCAACUCAGCCGUUAGGAUUAAGUUUAAAUCUCUGUCCACUUUAUGCGGGUCUAAUUGACUUGGAUUAAUGAGUUUUUAGACUUGGACCAGCAUUAUGCCGACGGCAUUCAAAAAACAGAAAUACUCCUCUAUACGGAGUGAGUGUCUAAGUAAAGGAAUCUUAUUUGAGGAUCCCGAAUUUCCGGCAAAUAACAAAUCCAUAUUUUACUCAAAAAUAGACCAAGAAAUAGAAUGGAAACGACCAAAGGAGCUGUGUAAGGUCCCGAGACUGGUGGUGGAUGGAGUCAGCUGUGACGACCUCAACCAAGGGGAACUCGGAAACACGUGGUUUGUCACUGCGUGCGCAAGUUUGGCGCUAGAGAAGAAGCUGUUUGAAAAGGUUAUUCCCAGCAUAAAAGAACAGGAAUGGGACGAAAAAUCCGAGAAAAACAAAUACAGCGGAGCCUUUCACUUUCACUUUUGGCGGUUUGGAGAAUGGGUGGAUAUUGUUAUAGACGAUCGUCUGCCAACCAAGAACGGGAAACUGGUCUUCUGUCACUCCAAAUCUCGAAACGAGUUUUGGAGCGCUCUUCUGGAGAAAGCCUACGCCAAGUUAUACGGUGACUAUGAAUCUUUGAACGACGGACGGACGGCGGACGCUCUGGUAGACUUCACAGGGGGCGUGGCGGAGAAACUUGUCCUUACGAGGCUGGAUCUGAACGACGAUAAGAUUGUGGAACAGCUGUUUUAUAAACUGAGGGAAUCCUGUGAAAACUCCGCCCUUAUGAAUUGCAACAUAGAGUGCCAAAAGACGGAAGUGGGUAAAGAACUUCCCAAUGGUUUGAUUCUUGGUCACGGUUAUAACAUAACAAAAGUGCUAGACAUAAAGGUGGAAAAGAAGCUACAAGGGGCCGUGGGUAGCGCCAAACUGAUGAUGGUCCGCCUUGCAAACCCGUGGGGGGUGAAGGAAUGGAACGGUCCCUGGUCGGACGAUUCCCCCGAAUGGUCGAAAAUCAACAAAUCCGAAUGGGAGAAGAUGGGUCUAAAAUUCGUACAAGAGGGCGAAUUCUGGAUGUCCUUUCCUGAUUUUAUGAACACUUUCACACACAUAGACAUCUGUCACUUCGUGAACACCAGUAUUAUCAGUAUAAAGAAGACCUGGAGUGAAGCCAUGUUCCACGGGGAGUGGACCGUCUCUGGCAGAAAUGGCGGGAACGACUAUAACUCAGCUACCUUCCUCAGCAAUCCCCAGUAUGUCUUUGAUAUUGGAGGUGCCCAAGAUCGCGUUAUGGUGUCUCUAGAACAGCACGAUAUAAAACCAGGUCGGCAGGAACUGGGUAUUCAGCUCAAUAAUAUAGGAUUCCACAUCAUGAAGGUGGAAGAGAAUAGGAAAUUCAGGGUACACAUAGUAGGAGAGAAAGUGUUUACUUCCGAGUAUGCUAAAUCUAGAAGCGUUUUUGGGAUCAUGAUUUUACAGAAAGGUCGAUAUGUAAUAGUUCCUACCACAACUAGUUCGGAUGAACUCGGACCAUUCAUGUUACGACUUUACACCGGAAGUUCUUCUGGGGCCAAGGAAUUGACCAUGGAAUGCCCAUCCAAUGGUUGUCCUUGUGCAGCUAACUACGUAUUGGUGUCCACGGUUACCAUAGAAAGCUGCUCCGACCUCGAGAUUCCACCUAAAUCUAAAGUUAAAACAAUGGAUCCCUACGUGAAAAUAAUAUGUGAAGGCGAAAAAGUGGAAAGUGUGACAAGAAGCAACGAUAAGAACCCGAAGUUUGGAACAAAAGCCACAUUCUACAGGAAAAAGCCUGAUGAUCCGAUCAUUGUAGAGGUUUGGAACUGCAACACACUGAUGGAUGAUUACAUUGCAGAAGGUAGAAUAGAGGAGAAUGGUCAUGAAGAAGGAAUUACUAAAGAGUUACAAUUGUUUGGAAGAAAGAAAGAAGCCACCAUGGAAAAACCAGGGUCAAUUAAAAUCCACAUAUGUUCUAGUGCUGAUCUGCAAUAUCUGUAACGAGAUUUGAAGGAGAUUUUGAUGGGACAAUGAUGGGAGUUAUCUUCCCUGAACUAUGUGAUAAGAGUUGUCUUUCUUACAUCGUUUUAACUUCCUGUCAGUGGCUAUUCACAGUCGCCUGGAAGUCUUUUUAUUAUAUCUGACUGAGCAGAUUGUUUUUACAGACUCUGUUGACUCAAUAUUUUUAUGAAUAUAUUUUUCUCUCUUUCCAAUGCUUCAACAUUUAGGCUU